UGCCACAAAGUGGCCGAGCGGAGAGGAGGCUUUCGCUACUCAGGGUCGCCCGCCGGUGGUUUCUUGGCUUUCUUUCGUACACCACGACAGUUUGGAUUUGACAGCCGAGUGCUUCGCUUCACUUCACCUCACGUCUUUCUGCAUCUUUGUUACGCCCCUGGGUUAACAGAAAAGCUGCCAUGUUUCGCUUGGUACUCGUCGGAGUUUUGUUAGCUGUCUGCCUCGUCGCAGUUUCAGCGGAUUUCCACGAGUAUUCAAAGAAGCACCACGGCGAAAAGAAAAUCCAUGCCGACUCUGGGGAGACUUGGAAGAAGCUACACCAGUCCAACAAGCACAGCAAGGAAAGAUUCCACGCUCAUAAGAAACACGUGAGCGAAAAAGACACCAAGACUGUGCAGAAGCACGGACUGCCCUCGGUGUCUCACCACGAAGCCAGCUUGCAAGGCGACAUUUUGGUGAACCGCAAGGCAGCCGUACGAAGGCAGCACGACAGCCACCGCGCGGACCUCCACCUCCAAGACCUCAGCCACGGCUUCGGAGGACAUCACAGCGGACGCACGCACGGACACCACGAGAAACCGAGCCAUGCCAAGACGACCAAGCACUCCGACAAGCACCCCCAGUAUAGGACCCCAGUAACUCGCGCCGGACACCAAAUUCACCGACCCGUCCCCAUGUUCGACUUUUCGGAAGAGCAGCACCGUCCCGUCCACCUCCACACCAACAGCCGUGCCAGGGCAGCUCUCAGGGUUGCCAAGAUGAGCAGGCGCGUGCACGGUGAAGGAAAGCCCCGCAAGUUCAAGAAGGCUUUCGAGAAGAAGUCACAUUCCAAGCCCCACUACCUCUGGUAGGCAGUGUUUGACAAUGGGCUCCUUCGACAUUAACUGCGUUCAUUUUUUAUCUAUUUAUCAUGCCAAAACAUUAAGGUGUGACUUUUUUUUUUCUUUUGUAAACCAUAGUUGAGGGGUACGGGCCAAUCGUUGUUAUCUGAAUGAAUGAGCUAGUACGUGUUGCUCUUUACAUAUACAAAAAAAGAAAGAAAAGAGGAUGUUGAAAGAGGGGGAAACCAUUAGCUGUUGAUGUGAUAGACAACAUCUGCUAUGUGCACUGUGUGGAUGGGCAUAAAUCCCCUUUUUUAAGUGAUUCGAUGUUUAAAUAGUGGAACUUGAUAAAAAGAUACCCCAAUAGAAGUUCAUGCACUUACAGUUUCAAACAACGUUGCGUACUCGGGGAAAGUAUUUUAGGACACGAGCAUGGUGAUGUGUUCAUACAAGGAGCUGUUUAGCGUGAGAAUGCAUUGUUCAAUGAAUGUUACACUAUUACUGUUUGUUACGGCAUCGUGCCAACCCCAUAGUUAAUCACAUAGACCAAGCAUUAGAUAGGAAAUUAUUGCGUCCUUACCAAAA